AUGGAGUCGUCUAAGGGUGCCAAGCACAGUGAUGUUCUAGAGUCCAGGGGUUCCUUGGCCAGCAGGAUGGCCUCUGAUGGAAGGACCAGUCUUUCGUCUUCUGAUGAAGUAGGUUGGAGAGUCACUGAGCCUCCAGGACCCCCUGGAGUGUUGAUUCACUCAGACACAGCAGCGGAGAUGGGUCAGAGGUCUUCCUCUUCCUCCUCUUCCUCUUCCUCCGCACGGUCUAGUCGCUCCUCUCAAGUUUCACUGCCUGGGUUCCAGAAGGAAAAAUACCCUGAGGAACUCAGCCUGCUUAAGUCACAGACAAAAGAUGGGCACCGUCCUGAGUGGACAUUUUAUCCGAGGUUUAGCAGCAAUAUCCACACCUACCACGUUGGAAAGCAGUGCUUCUUCAAUGGGGUCUUCCGGGGCAACAGGAGGUCUGAGGCCGAGACGACACUGGACAAGAGCCUCGGGAAGAAGAAGUAUGAUAUUAAUCCCAGAAAUGGAAUCCCAAUGUUAACACCAGGGGAUAACCCAUACAUGUUUCCUGAGCAGAGUAAGGCGUUCUUCAAAGCAGGAGCAACUCUGCCACCUGUCAACUUCUCACUGGUUCCUUAUGAGAAAAAAUUUGAUACAUUUAUUCCACUGGAGCCACUUCCCCAAAUUCCCAACUUGCCUUUCUGGGAGAAGGAGAAGGCCAACAACUUGAAGAAUGAGAUAAAAGAAGUCGAGGAGUUGGAUAACUGGCAGGCACCGCCACCCUUCCUACACAGUGUUUUCUUCUCUGGGACUGGGGAGAUGGCUCCACGGUUAAAGUUGCUUGCUGCUCUUCCAGGAGAAACAAGUUCAGUUCUCAGCACCCAAGUCGGGAGGCUCACAACUCCCUGUAACUCCGGCAUCAGGGGCUCUGAAACCUUCUUCUGGCCUCGUCGGAUAUCCUCACAUGUGCUGCAUACAUAUUCACGCACACAUACACAUAAAUAA